AUGAACAUGGCCAGGAGCAGACUCCUCUGCUGCCUCGGCACGCGGCGUCGAGCUAAUGCUUCGCCUCCGCAGCGCCAAGACAGCUUCGGCCCUCGACCUCGCCGCCGGUGGACGGGCAGGAUGGACCGUGCCUUCUUCGGCCGGUCUCCGCCGUGCGGCCAGACGGCCGUGGCGCCCGACUCUGGCGUCGUCGAGCCCGUGGGCAAGGAAGCGCGCGACGGAGCAGUCAACCGUGAAGAGUUCUCCAGAGAGGAAGCCGAGGCGGCCACCAUCCAGGCCGGCUUCCGCGGCCACCUGGCGAGGCGGGCGUUUCGCGCGCUGAGGAGCCUGGUUAAGCUGCAGGCGCUCGCGCGGGGCGCGUACGUGCGGAAGCAGGCGGGCGUCGCCAUCCGGUUCAUGAAGGUGCUCGUGCGGCUUCAGGUGCGCGUCCGCGCCCGGCAGCUGCUCCACAUGUCCAAGGAUCAGUAG